AUGGCGGCCACGGCAAAAGACGAAGCAAAACGCAAAGCAGACGAGGACUUGGGUUCCGCCAGCCCCAAGCGCGCCAAGCAGUUUGGCUCGCCUCCAACCGACGCCCCCGCCGACCCCAAAGACCCGCGCCCUCGCCCCAAAGUGGUGCCGUUCCCGGAGAAGCCUGCCGUCAUUGAAGAGCGCGAGGGCGAUAUCGAGUUCCGCGUCGUGAACAAUGACAAUGAGAGGGAGAGCACCAUCAUCUUGACGGGCUUGAAGUGCAUCUUCCAGAAGCAGCUGCCGAAGAUGCCUAAGGACUACAUUGCGCGGUUGGUGUACGACAGAACGCACUUGUCGAUGGCUAUCGUCAAGAAACCGCUGGAAGUUGUUGGCGGCAUAACAUAUCGGCCAUUCCACGGACGCGGCUUUGCUGAAAUCGUCUUCUGCGCCAUCUCGUCAGACCAGCAAGUCAAGGGCUACGGCGCCCAUCUCAUGUCGCACUUGAAAGACUACGUCAAAGCGACAACAAAGGAACAAAUCAUGCACUUCCUCACAUACGCCGACAACUACGCCAUUGGCUACUUCAAGAAGCAAGGCUUCACCAAAGAAAUCACGCUGGCCAAGCCGCAAUGGAUGGGGUACAUCAAAGACUACGAAGGCGGCACGAUAAUGCAGUGCAGCAUGGUGCCGAAGAUCCGGUACCUAGAAGUGGGGCGGAUGCUACUGAAGCAAAAAGAAGCCGUGAACGCGAAGAUCCGAGCCGUAUCGCGCAGCUAUGACGUGCACGCGCCGCCAUCAAUCUGGCAAAAGCCAGGGCCGAUGCAGAAGAUCGACCCACUGACGAUCGCGGCGAUCAAAGCGUCAGGGUGGUCGCUGGACAUGGACGAGCUAUCGCGGGCGCCGCGGCACGGACCCAACUACAACACGCUGCUGCUGAUCCUGAACGACCUGCAGAACAACACCAACGCGUGGCCCUUCCUGCAGCCCGUCAACAAGGACGAGGUCGCCGAUUACUACGACGUCAUCAAGGAGCCUAUGGACUUGGCUACCAUGGAGGAGAAGCACGAAAAGGACAUGUAUCCCACGCCCGAGGACUUUGUCCGCGAUGCUAUGCUCAUUUUUAAUAACUGUCGCAAGUACAAUAAUGAGCAUACGCCGUAUGCCAAGGCGGCGAAUAAGCUGGAGAAGUACAUGUGGAGCCGCAUGCGCGAUAUCCCGGAGUGGAGCCAUUUGGAGGGGGAGUAUGCGCACGGGAAGUAG